AUGGCGGAAGAUGACUGGAUGCCGUUUGCGAAUGAGCCCGAUGCAGUGAAAGAUCAAAUAGUUCCUUUUGUCACUUCAACACCAAGUACGGUACGUGGGGUUGUCAAAUUGUUGAACGUGACUCAAAGCGACAAAAUAAUAGAUGUUGGGUGUGGGGAUGGCAGAUUUGUAUUUGAAGCUAUUAGUCAAGUAAAAUGUGAGGGAGUUGGUAUCGAUAUUUGUGAAGAUUUGGUGAAACAAUGUAACUUGGAAGCAAAGGAGAAAGGUGUAGAGACUUUGGCACACUUUUAUGUUGACAACUUCCUCAAAGAGGAUUUCUCGUUCUAUGGGUGUAAUUGCAUAAGCUUUUAUUUGGUUCCAAAAGUACUCAAGGGGCUGAAAGAAAAGUUGUUUAAUUACCUUGAAGAAGACCAUAGUAGAAGAGCCGUGUCGUGCAGAUUUCCUUUCAAAGGGAUCAUCCCAUCGCAAAUAGACGAAGAGCUGAAAUUGUAUUACUAUGACUACAACAGUAAAAAAGGUGAAUUUACAUCAUCACAGUAUGAUGACUUUGUCUCUCCAGCUUUUUGA